GCGCGGGAUGGCGGCACGGAGCGGGCGCUCUGCACCGGCCCCGCGGGGCGGAGCACAGAGGAAACGGGAGGAAUGCCACGCUCCUGGGAGUUGUUCGUCGUGGGCGCGGGUGUAGUCACGUAGAGCUGGUAGUAGAAGUAGGAUAUAUGUGUAACACGAAUACUACUAAAUACUUAAACACGUAGAACGGUGUGGGUUGGAAGGGACUUUAGUGAUUAUCUAGUCCCAACCUACCUGAUGCGGGCAGGGACACCUUCCACUAGCCCAGGCUGCUCAGAGCCCCAUCCAGCCUGGGAAGUGCAUUUACAGCUGCUCUGGGCAGCCUGUGCCAGAGGUGUUGGGAAACGCUACAAUUCACAUACUGCGUACAAAGGGAAAGUCUGGGGAGCGUGUAUUAAUCACCGCCCAAUUUAGGCAAGGAAAGAAGUACGGAUUGCUUAUUCUAAAGCCUUUUCUUUAAGCCGCUGCAAUAGAGACGGCGCCAGUUUUAAAAGGGAAAACGCAGUCUCGCGCCGCUCACACCCCCCGGCCCCCCUCUCCCCUCAGCGGGAGCGCGCGCCCGCCGCCGCGCGCGGCCUGACGUCACUGCGGGCGGGCGCGCGUGAUGCGCGCCCUCCCCGCGCCGGCCGGGCCGCGGGCGCUGAUUGGCCGCCGCCUUCCCGCUUCCUCCUCUCCGCCCGAGAACCCGCCAUUUUGAAAACCUUGUUGAUUCCGGGAGGGAGGGAAGAGGGAGAAGGAGAGGGAAAGGGCAGGAGUGGCUGUCGGCUGCCGGGCUGCGCCGCGGCGGGACUUGUGUGUGUCGCUGCGCCCGGACCCGCCUCGUCCAGCAGUUACUGCCGCCUUCAGCUGCUGCCGCCGCGCCUGAGGAGGGAGCCGGGAGCCGGGGCUCGAGCUGAGAAGCAUAUAACAUGUCUUCUGUUGAUUCAUCAAAAGAAGACACAAUGUCAUCAGAAAAAACAGAUGAGAAACAACCUGAAACUGAAAACAAAGCUGGGGAAAGUGAUGAAGAUGAAGAAGAAGAAGAGGAGGAGGAGGAAGAAGAAGAAAAGGAGAAGAGUCUCAUCGUUGAAGGAAAAAGGGAGAAGAAGAAGGUUGACCGACUGACCAUGCAAGUGUCCUCACUGCAGAAGGAACCUUUUACAAUUACACCAGGAAAAGGACAAAAACUCUGUGAAAUUGAGAGGAUACAGUUCUUUCUGAGUAAAAAGAAGACAGAUGAACUUAGGAACCUGCACAAACUCCUCUACAACAGGCCAGGCACUGUUGCAUCUUUAAAGAAGAAUGUGGGUCAGUUCAGUGGGUUUCCAUUUGAAAAAGGAAGUGACCAAUAUAAAAAGAAGGAAGAAAUGUUAAAAAAAUUUAGAAAUGCAAUGUUGAAAAGUAUCUGUGAAGUUCUUGACUUGGAAAGAUCAGGAGUUAACAGUGAGCUUGUAACCAGAAUAUUAAACUUCCUGAUGCAUCCAAAAUCUUCAGGCAAGCCAUUGCCAAAGUCCAAAAAACCACAGAGCAAAGGUGGCAAAAAAGAGCGCACUAGCUCUGGAACAGCAAGAAAAGCAAAACGCACCAAGUACCCAGAGAUCUUGUCAGAUGAAUCCAGUAGUGAAGAAGAUGAAAAAAAGGAAAAGGAUGAGUCCUCAGAAGAAAAAGAAAGUGAAGAUGAGCCCCCUAGAAAAGCAUCUAAAAGAGAAAAAUCUAAAAAGAUGACUUCUAAAACCAAGAAAGCAGUGAAAGGUGCAAAUGUCAAGAAGGCAGACAGCAGCACUACUAAGAAAAACCAGAACAGUUCUAGAAAAGAAAGUGAGUCUGAGGAUAGUUCAGAUGAUGAACCUUUAAUUAAAAAACUGAAGAAACCACCCACAGAUGAAGAACUGAAAGAAACUGUCAAGAAUUUGUUGGCUAAUGCGAACUUGGAGGAGGUUACAAUGAAGCAAAUCUGCAAGGAGGUGUAUGAAAAAUAUCCUAGUUACGAUUUAUCUGACAGAAAAGACUUCAUUAAAAAAACAGUCAAAGAGUUGAUUUCAUGAUCUGAUUUGACUGUGGGAAAUGAAGAUUCCUGGGUUUAUUUUUCCUUGGAUUUGAAGAUCUGAUAGGCACCAGCAAAAGGAAUGUGUCUUAUCCUUGUGGUAUUAAGUCAGAGCUAAUUUUUUUGAUCUAAUGUUAAGAGUGUUAAUGUAAAUUGCUUUGUGUGUUUCUUUGGUUUGUUUUUAAACAGAACUGCAUUUGAUGCAAUUUUUAGUUGAACAUAAGUUUCAUGCAUGGCAAUAAAUGUUUCCUUUUUUAUAGUUUUGUACAUUUUGAAUUGUGUUGUAUAACUAGAUUCAUUAGAGCCAUCAUAGCUUUUUAAGUGUGGAUUACCAGCAUACAGGAGACUUUAAAAUUGACUAAGAUGAAAGCUGCUUAUCUACAUGUAUACAUGCAGAGACUGGAAUAUUGCAGUAUUGGUUACAAAGAUAUUUUGAAUACAUAUUAAUUCUGAAAAUAAGAAGAGUUAGUCACAUUAAUCUCUUUUAUAUUCUGAUACAUUCUACAGAUACAGAAUUAUUCUGAGUCUAGAUUACAGUCUUGUAUGUGUAGGCACUGGAAGAACUAUCACAGCAUGGCAACUAAUUGGCAUAUAGAUGUUAUUUUUAUAUUUUUACAAGGCUUUUUGUUGUGUAUAUAAAGUUAUUUCAUAUUUCUUUUGUGCAAAUCAGUUUAUUAAUCCUGGUAUCUUUGAAUUUAUGACAUGAAAUGUCAGUGUUCAGCAGUGAGACAGUGAUAACAAAUGGUGUGCAGAAGUUUCAUAAAAAUGAGCUGACGUUUCAUUAUGUUUGUCUCAUCUUACCUUGUACAGAAACUAAACUGUAGGUUUAUGCCUGUAGUUUAACUUUAUACAAAGACUACAGACAUUGUUUCAAUGUCUUGGAUGUAGUAAAUAAAAUCCCUCCGAAGACAACAGGUAAAUUUCUGAAGUUCACUUUGCAGAAUAUCUUUUAUGUUGGUGUGUUGACCUGGUGGCCUAGCAUCUCAGAAGUGGGUGUCCAAGAUAUACAGCUGGAGGCUUGAUAGCUUUGAAAAUCCACAGUAGGGCUUCCAAAUCGGGCAGCACUGAACAUGUGUUUAACCUUCUCUGUGUGGGAAGGCUUUUCUAAACCUGAGCUUCAUUGUCUCAGCAUGGACAAUGGUACUUGUAAGCCUGCAGUCUUCAACUUUGGCUGGCAGUUUUUAGGGUCAAAGUGAACUCUGUGCAUAGGUUUUUGUUUAGUUUUUCUCUUCUCCGUACACUUUGUUUCUAAUAUGGGAAGUCCUACACUUAAAAUAAUAAAACUAAGAGCUUCCGGAGUGUGGGCUGCCAUUCACACCUGAGCACAGAAUCCCUCUGACUAGAAUUGCUGGAAAGACAAAGUGUAUUUUUUUGAAUUUUAUUAUUGUACAGUUGAGAAGUAAGGGUUCAUAAAUUAUCUAAAUUCUGAAUGUUCAGCCGGUUAGACUGUUGAUCUUACACUUUUGAAUUUCUUUGCGUGUAAUCAUUUAUAAUAAGGCUGAAUGUAAUGGGGAUUUUUUUGUAUUCAAUAAAUGUCUUUCACAAAAAUGUAAAUCAGUUUUAAUCUAGCAUUUGCUUACGUGUAUAGUAAAAAAAACAUAUACAGGAACAAGGUUGUUUGUCUUUAUCUCAUCUGCUAGCAAGUAUUGGCUUUUCUACUUUAGAAGACAGUUGCUCAAAUGUAUGUCCUUGCACCAGGAUUUUUUAUCAUCUGUGAGGUUGAUUUGUGUUUUGGUUUGAUUUUUUGUGUGUUUUUGUCUCUGAACUGUGUUAACAGAAAAAACACUUUAAUUUGCAAUUAAAAACAUUGAAAAUUUUCAA